AUGGAUUGCGACGAGACAAAGCCCGAGUGCUCGAACUGCGUCAACCAUUCUGUGCGCUGUAUCUACGAUUCACCCGCGCCUAAAACAAAAAAGCCGGUGACCCUGCCUGCACAAACUCACAAGACAGAAAACAAAGUACAGGUCCAGUUCGUGGAAUUCAAUUUCCUCCAUGUCCAACCAGCGCCCGCUCCCGUGCCCGCGACCCCCGCACCGGCAGACAACAAAACCCCCGCGUUGACCCUGUCACGUCCAACGGAGCCGGAUUUCUGCUUGGAGGAUUUCGAGCCCCAGCAUUUUUAUGUCUGCUCGACCGCCGCGAGCCUCACCGAAGAUCCCGGAAGCGCUGAAUUCUGGCAGACCCUGGUACCGCGCGCAAGCUUCUUAUCACCGUUAGUCCAUCACCUCAUGCUGGCGCUGGCGUGUCUGCACAUGACCCGGACUGCCCCCGUGCAAAAUCGCGAUGACAACGGCCGCUGCCUUGCCCGCUUUGAACACCACUAUGCAACCGGCCUCCGGCUCUUAACGCGUGGGCUACCGGACAUCUCGGUAGGAGGCGACGUCAUUUGGAUCGGGUCCAUCCUGUUAUGCUUCAUCGGCCUGGCGCGCGGACCCCAGGCAAAUGAGUUUUUGUUUUUCGAUCGCGGCGCCGACGCCGGCCCUAUCGAGUGGCUGGCGCUGCUGCACGGGGUCGAUACGGUUUCUACCCUGCUAAGCAAAGGGCGAGCCUCUCCGGAGGACCAGCAGCAGCAACCCACCAAACCGUCUCCCACGCUGGGUAGUGGGUGCCGCCCUCCGCCCCGGGCUAUCCCGCACACGAUCACCCAGCAAUUCCGGGAAAGCCUAUCCCAAAUCCGACAGUGGAUCGAGAAGCAGUCUGCAGCAGCGGACCCCCUGCUCCCGACCUACCGGAACGCCAUCGACCAUACCCUCCAGGCAUUUGCGUCUUUAUGUCCCACCAGCGACGGCAAUGCUGACCAAAACACCACCCCAGCUGCAGCUGCCAGUUCUGACAGAAAACCGUUCGGCUUCGUCCUGUUCACGUGGGUGACGCGCCUCGAGCAGCCGUUCUGGGAAGCUCUGCAGCGGAAACAGCCGGUGGCGUUGAUGCUUGUGGCGCACUUCGCGGCGCUGAUGCGGUGGAUGGAUGGGACGUGGGUCUCGGUUGGGUGGCCGGAGCAUAUUUUGCGCGGUGCGUGGAUGUUUUUGGAGGAGGAGGAGCGGGGGUUGGUGAGAUGGUUGAUUGACGAUGUCGGGGUGUUGGGGUUGUCUGGUUGA